AUGCAGGGUUAUCGUACGAGGAAGAAACGAGCCGCGUCGAACCAGGCUCAAGAAACAGAUGCCGGUUGGACUGAUCGAACCGAAGCUCAACUGAAGGCAGCUGGCGGCGCUGCCAAUGAAGUGAUGGACAUCUUAGUGGAACUGAGCAUUGUGUUUCAACUUGAUGAGUGUCCAAGACAGCUCGUGAAACGGCUGCUGUAUCCAAGAGGAGGCGACAAGAGUGCGUUUUCAUGUGCGAUAGAACACUUAAAGCACGAAGGCUCGAUCAAGGUUUGCGGACAAGACUUGAAACUGUCCCGCAAAGCCUGCAAAUCGAAGUGCACUCGUCCAGCCACAAACGACGAGAUGCAUUACCGUGUACUAGUCAUUCUUACCAAACAAGUGCAUCCCGAGUCCCUCCCUUCUCUCGUCAAGCUGUGGACAUUGCUAUGCAAUGGGAGUCAACACAAAGUCCAAGAUCUCCGAAACCCUUCUGAAAAAGCAUCGGAUGACACAUCAUACGACAAGGGCUUUUCGCGAGCAAUGGCUGCUUUAGAUUCGCUUGGGUUGAUCGAGAAAGUCGGAGACACCAUCGGUCUAGCGGACAUUGCGUUUCCGGAGGGCCGCCCAAGUUGA